CUCUAUAAUUAUUAAUCAAUCAUUCUGCCAACUUGCAAGAAUACCUUUCCAUAAAUAGCAACCCAAUUCCAACAUUCCUUCAUACCAAAUCCAAUAAUUAAUCAUCAAACACAAUAAUAAAAUGAAAAUGAUUCACACACUUUUGCUUCUCAUUCUUCUCUCACAAUCCACAACCUUUUCCCAUGCAUCUGUCCAUGAUUUCUGUGUAGCUGACUUAAAAGCUCCAGAAACCCCAACCGGCUACCACUGCAAACCUCUAACAAACAUCACCGCCGACGAUUUCGUCUUCCACGGCUUCGUCGCCGGAGACACAAAAAACACAUUCAACGCCGCACUCACCUCCGCAUUCGUCACCGACUUCCCCGGUGUCAACGGACUCGGAAUCUCCGCAGCCCGACUAGACAUCGCAGAAGGCGGAUCGAUCCCCAUGCACACGCAUCCCGGGGCUACGGAGUUAUUGAUAAUGGUUAAAGGUGAAAUAACAGCUGGAUUUAUGACAACUAGUGCUGUUUAUUCGAAAAAAUUGAAAGUUGGUGAUGUAAUGGUUUUUCCACAAGGGAUGUUGCAUUUUCAAGUUAAUUCUGGUAAAGGAGAAGCCACUGCUUUUCUUAGUUUUAGUAGUGCAAACCCUGGUGCUCAAUUGCUUGAUCUUCUUUUGUUUGCUAAUAAUUUGUCUUCUGAUUUCGUUGCACAAACUACUUUUCUUGAUGUUGCACAAGUUAAGAAGUUAAAGACUCGUUUUGGUGGAAGAGGAUAGGAAUAAAAUAGGGUAUUAUUGUUUAUGAUAAUAUAUUAUAUAUUAUCAUAAACAAGUACUUGAGUGACUCACUUGUUUGCUUGUGUGUUUUUUUCUUUUUUCAUUUUGUUUGUAUGUUUGAGUUAUCUCAAAAUGGUGUCGAGGAUUCACCAAGCUUUGUAAUAAAAGUAAAAAUAAAUAAAUUUGUCUCACGUGAAUUUUUUUA